GCCCAGCCCGGCGGCGAGAUGGAAGAUAUUAAACCAAACGUGGAACUGAAAAGCACUCAAGAGCAGUCUGUGCCCACAGAAGGUUCGGUGCUUUUGCAUGACUACGAUUUAACCAAACCUCAUGAAACAGAAAAUGUGGAUGGUACAGAAGGCCCAGCCAAUCAAGAUGAAGACAUAGGAGAUGAUUCAAUGAAAGUGAAAGAUGAAUACAGUGAAGGGGAUGAGAAUGUUUUAAAGCCAGAACCCUUGGGAAAUGCAGAAGAGCCUGAAAUUCCUUACAGCUAUUCAAGAGAAUAUAAUGAAUAUGAAAACAUUAAGCUGGAGAGACACGUUGUCUCGUAUGAUAGUAGCAGGCCAACCAGUGGCAAGAUGAACUGCGAUGUGUGUGGAUUAUCCUGCAUUAGCUUCAACGUCUUAAUGGUUCAUAAGCGGAGCCAUACUGGUGAACGCCCAUUCCAGUGUAAUCAGUGUGGGGCAUCUUUUACUCAGAAAGGUAACCUCCUCCGCCACAUUAAACUGCACACAGGGGAAAAACCUUUUAAGUGUCACCUCUGCAACUACGCAUGCCAGAGAAGAGAUGCACUCACAGGUCAUCUUAGGACACAUUCUGUUGAGAAACCCUAUAAAUGUGAGUUUUGCGGAAGGAGUUACAAGCAGAGAAGUUCCCUUGAGGAGCACAAGGAGCGCUGCCGUACAUUUCUUCAGAGCACUGACCUGGCUGAGACUGCAAGUGUGGAGGCGAGACACAUCAAAGCAGAGAUGGGAAGUGAAAGAGCUCUCGUUCUGGACAGAUUAGCAAGCAAUGUGGCAAAGCGAAAAAGCUCAAUGCCUCAGAAAUUCAUUGGUGAGAAGCGCCACUGCUUUGACGUCAGCUAUAAUCCCAGCUAUAUGUAUGAGAAAGAGAGUGAGAUGAUCCAGACCCGAAUGAUGGACCAGGCCAUCAAUAACGCCAUCAGCUAUCUUGGGGCCGAAGCCCUGCGCCCCUUGGUCCAGACACCGCCUGCUCCCACCUCAGAGAUGGUCCCGGUUAUCAGCAGCAUGUAUCCCAUAGCCCUCACCCGCGCCGAGAUGCCGAAUGGUGCCCCCCAGGACCUGGAAAAGAAGAACGUCCAGCUGCCAGAGAAGAGCCUGCCUUCUGAAAGAGGCCUCUCCCCCAACAACAGUGGCCACGACUCCACGGACACUGACAGCAACCAUGAGGAACGCCAGAAUCACAUCUACCAGCAAAACCACGUGGUCCCUCCUCGGGCCCGCAAUGGGAUGCCACUUCUGAAGGAGGUGCCCCGCUCUUACGAACUCCUCAAGCCCCCACCCAUCUGCCCAAGAGACUCCAUCAAAGUGAUCAACAAAGAAGGGGAGGUGAUGGAUGUGUACCGGUGUGACCACUGUCGAGUCCUCUUCCUGGAUUACGUGAUGUUCACUAUUCACAUGGGUUGCCACGGCUUUCGUGACCCUUUUGAGUGUAACAUGUGUGGCUAUCGAAGCCACGAUCGCUAUGAGUUCUCGUCUCACAUAGCCAGAGGAGAACACAGAGCCAUGCUGAAGUGA